AUGUUGCUCAUAAUCUCAGAAGAUUGGCCAGUCGUACCAUCAGCUUAUAAAAUACAUCUCUUCGUAGCCGAAUUGAGAGGACAAUGUUCCUUGACAGACUGCAGAAGCAAACAGGCAGGUGUGAAUAAUAAGAAGACGGGCUUGGAUGAACUCAUGGAAACAUCAAAAUAUGACACUAGUUCAUGCAUAAUAACUCGUGUCUUACUGCAACCAGACAUGCCCCCCAGCAUAGUUAACAUUUGUCUCAUUUGCUGUGAACAGCGUAUUCAUUGUAAUCAUGGAUUAUCUUCUACAAAUUUUUUAAGAGAUCACUGUGUCGCUGAUUUAGAAACUGCUCGACGCUUGUAUAUGGAAGCCUACCAGAUGAAAAAUUGGGAUCGUGAAGAUUGUUUCUUGGGUGUGCGAGGACGAAAUAAGAGUGAUGGCACAAUUUAG